AUGGCGGACACUUAUGCCAUCUUCAUCUUUAGGCAAGGCCUUAUGCGUGCUCGUAUAACUGGAGCGCGCGCCGCUCGAGGUGACGUCUUGAUAUUCCUCGAUGCCCACUGCGAAGCCAGCUCCGAUUGGCUCAGGCCGCUCUUGCAGCGGAUCGCGCACAAACGCGACGCGGUUUUGACCCCAUUAAUUGACGUCAUCGAUCAGACCACCUUCCAGCACGAGGCGGCCGAACAGUUCCAGGUAGGCGGUUUCACAUUUAUGGGCCAUUUCACAUGGAUCGAUGUACCAGAGUGGGAGAAGAAACGAAGAGGUUCCGACAUAGCUCCGACCUGGUCACCAACAAUGGCUGGAGGUCUCUUCGCUAUAAACCGUCAGUAUUACUGGGAGUUGGGUGCUUACGAUGAGCAGAUGGCUGGCUGGGGCGGUGAGAACCUCGAAAUGUCUUUCAGGAUAUGGCAAUGUGGCGGCACUUUAGAAACGAUACCGUGUUCACGUGUUGGUCACGUGUUCCGAUCUUUCCACCCCUACGGCCUGCCAGCACAUACAGAUACACACGGUAUAAACACUGCGCGUAUGGCUGAAGUAUGGAUGGACGAAUAUGCUGAACUGUUUUACCUCCAUAGACCUGACUUAAGGAAUAACCCCAAAAUCGGUGACGUCACACACCGUAAGGUGCUACGAGAGAAGUUGAAAUGCAAGAGUUUCCAAUGGUAUCUCGAACAUGUUUAUAAGGAUAAAUUUGUGCCUGUGCGGGAUGUCUUUGGAUUUGGACGGUUUCGCAACCCGUCAACGGGUAUGUGUCUUGACAGCUUGCAACGAGAUGGUGAAGCUGCCCCACUAGGGGUGUACCCUUGUCAUGCUACCCUCGAAGCGACCCAGUACUUUGCCCUGUCACUAAAAGGAGAACUCAGAGAUGAAGAGAAGUGUGCUGAGCUACAAUAUAUUCGACGUGUCCCUGGUGAAAGAGACUCGGGCGAUCGCCGAGUUUUAAUGGUCACGUGUCAUGGAAAACUGAGGGGGCAGAAGUGGCGCUAUCUCCCUUCUAAGCAGCUACUCCAUUUGGAAUCAGGUCUGUGCUUGACAGCGCCGCGCACCGCGGGCAGUGACGUCACAGCGUCAAAAUGUGCUCCAAUCCCGUUCCAAAAAUGGGCCAUAGACUAUACUGAGGAUAAUGACUUUAGAUUGGACAAAAAAUCAGAGCCCAGUGAACAGGAAACGAGAUUACAAAAACUGAGAGGACAAAGACGAAUAUCCCGCUCCCUACUCUCUUACAACGAGACGGACCAACGUCGACAUCACAAGAAGAAGAAGAAAUCCAAGAAGAAUAAAAAGAGUAAGAAAGGAAAGAAAAAAGACAAAUUCAUUCUCAAACUGGUGAGGAAAGUGAACGACAGUGAAGAGCAUUUGGAAGUAGACAUUUACUGCAAGCAUAAACGAUUGUAUCCGAACAACAGUUUUGUACGUGACAUAGUUUCCGUUCUCAACGAUAGGGACAUUAAGGUGAUUAAUAACGGACGCGUAUUCGAGAAGCAUCGCGUGAUCGAGUUGUAUCCGCAUAAACAUAGUCAUAUGCAUGCAGAGGGGGGUGAUAAAGAGCCAAUCAAAGAGGUCCAAACGAAGAAGCAUAGAGAGAAAAAGAUAGUGCAGCCUGUUGCGGCAGAAUUGAUUAAUCCGAUUAGCCCCGGGGAGCAGCCUGACCCGGGGAACCAGGAUAGCGGAAAUGUGAUGAGGCUUAAGCAGGAAAGUGAGAAAAAGAUCAUAAUUGAAGAUUUUGUGGAGGUCACACCGAAACCAAUGUCUGGUGAAGCUCCUAAGCGCAAACGGAAGCGUGUCCAUCACAAGAAACGGGUUCUUCCUCUUGUACCUCUUAGUGAGGAUACAAUGAAGCCAAUAUCUCUAGAAGACACACCUUUGGAAGAAAAGACACAAUAUAAAUCGCAACGUGCUAACUCUGCUGAGCCUCGUGUAAACGAAAAGCCAACUAAACUACAGCGGAGACAGUCACUACACGAACAACAAACAGACUCAAAAGACGAUGUUUACAAACGUUACGAUCAAACUGAUGAUGAGACAACGGACGAUGAAAAGCUGACACGAGACAGUGAUAAACUGGAAACCGAUGAUGAAGUAUAUAAAGUCUCACAUAAAAUUGUCAAGUAUCCGUCCGAUGAUGAUGAUGCAUUCAAACGAUCGAUUAUUGUAAUUGGUAAAACUGUAGAUAAGAACAACAAAGAAUCACAAACAGCUAGUGAUGGAAAUGUUUUAUCCGAUGAUGAUUUCAUAAAAGCCCGUAAAGGUGACAACAGAAACAAAAUAGACGACGAAAUUCCAAAUGAAAUAGAUAAAGACAUAACUUUAACAGAGCACGCAAAAGAUGCUAUAAUAAAGAGGAAAUAUAUAAGCAGAGAGAUAGAUAGUAAAAAGUACAAUCAAAUGAGGUAUCAGCUGGUUUCUGAUAAAGCUAAAAAUUACAAGAAACGCGAUAGGGAAAGUGAAAAAAUGGCAGAUGACGGAUACAAAGCAUUUGAUAAAGUGAGGCAUAAAAUCAAUGACGAUCGAGUUGUAUAUACCGAUAGGAAUUUAGUGGAUAGCGAAGAGGGGUUUGAUGUAAAAACAGAAGAAGUUGCGCAAGCGCAAGAACAGUUAGGAAUGACACCAUCUCCCCGAAGCAGAGAUGGGGAACCAGCUCCAGUGCGAGUGGUGAUGAGAUCCAACCUUACUUUUAACCUCGAUGAUGAGUUCUUUAACUGGAAACUGGCUGCGGAUGAUGUAGCGAAUCUAUUGGGAGAAUUAACUAUACCAAGCAACACGACCAAAUCGUCCAGUACCGAGCUCGAUUCUCGUCAGAGAAACGAAGCAGUUGUCACAGGAGGUAGUAAAACGCAUCAGGACUCAGCGUCCGUGGAAAGUAGCAGCGAAGAAAAAGUAGAAUGA